GCCGCUGAUUCCGAUUCCGUUUGGGAGAAAUUUCUGCCGUCUGAAUAUCAGUCCAUCAUUUCGGGAUCAGUGAAUCCCAUACCUGAUUUUGGUUCAAAGAAGGAUCUGUAUGUUUAUCUCUGCCAUAAUCCCAUCUUAAUUGAUGAAGGUCGCAAGAGUUUCUCGCUGGAAAAAAGAACAGGAAAGAAAUGCUAUUUUCUAGGUGCAUGGGAUCUUCAUAUUGAAUGGGCUGAUUCACCACAAUAUUGGGAAUGGACUUCAUUACCUGACUCCAGAUUUUCAAAGGUGGCUCAGCUCCAACAUGUUUGGUGGCUUGAAAUUCGGGGCACAAUAAUAGUUGGUGUUCUGUCACCUCGGACGUCCUAUGUAGCUUACCUUGUUUACAAGUUGGAAAAUGAAUAUGGGUUUCAUUAUCGACCGUCGGAGGUUUCAGUUGGAGUUCUUGGUGUUGAAUUAGACAAACAGUUUGCAUUUCUGGAGCCGGAAGGUAGACCUCAAUUGGAUGAUGAUUAUGAGGAGUCAGUGUAUACUCUACCACAUGAUUAUGGAGAGGAAGAUCUUGUGGAAGACCAGCAUUUGCCAGAGGGUGCUUCUAGUCUGGUGCAAUCUAAUAUUCGAUGCCCUCAACUUAGAGAUGAUGGCUGGUUUGAGGUAGAAUUGGGUGAAUUUUAUACUGAAAAUGAAGAUGAUUGCAUAGAAAUGAGUUUGAAAGAGGUGAAGGACUCUGUCUCCUCAAAGGAAGGCCUUAUUGUUGAAGGAAUUGAGAUUAGGCCAAGAAUGGGUUAAUUAUCACAUUUUUUCCAUACA